AACAGCUAUACUACAUACAGUACUUGGUACACACAAGGGCAUUGGAUUGAACAGGGGAGAGGGAAAUUUUUCUCUCAAAGUGCCCGAGUGAUUUACGGCUGAUCUAUGGCGGUAUCUUUGAACUCGCUGAUCUUUUCAUCUGAACACCUGUGAUACCUGUGAUGGCCUCACCAGCGGCAGUUGUGUAGAAUAACAACUACCCCGGGGCAUAGUGAAAAAUUGAUCUCAUCGACAUGCUGAUCUGGGGAUAUGAAUCUGGGGGUGGAAUCGCGGAGUCCACUGAAGAUACAAUGACUUUUAACUGUCUUCAUUUCGAAAACGUGGAGGGCGGUGGAUCUCCAGUGCCUAGCGCGGUAUUAGGUACGUACAUGUACAACACUAAUAGACGCGGUAUUAUCAGAGACAAGGGGACCUGCAAUAUGACGCAGCGAUCGUUGAAGAAGCUACCCGAAAUCAUCAGGGGACCAGCUGCAAAGGACAGGCAGGGAAAAUUGCAUGUGCUUGUACCUCAGUUAUACAUUGGAGGCCUAUCAAGUAUACACAAAAUCGUACCACCCUCAUCGUGUCGGCGAUUCAGAUCCAUUCAAUUAGGAGACUGGACUCACCAAUCCGAAUCAGACAGAUUCAGCGGUCAGCCCCGUUUGAUGGGCAACUUUGGAAAUGGAUAUUCUAGGGCCGGGGUCUGUGACAUCUGGCGGUAA